ACAACUUGAACUCAUCUAUCAACUAAGAAAACAACCGAUGGUGUUUUUCUUUAAGCUCCUGCAAAGCAAUAAAGACAGGGACGAAUUACAGUAAUACUUUACACAGGAAUUACAAACUAAAUGCUUACAAGCUAUGGGCGCUGUACUGAUUUAAUGUGACUUCUUUCCAGCUAAUGGACAACUCAAACAUACACAUUGUUCCCAACACCUUCAUGAUUGUUGGUCUGGUCUCUAUGGGAACCAACUUCUUUGCUUCGAAGAUCUCUCAGGAUGCUCUCGACGCUGCGCGGUUUCCUCGCUGGAAGAACUUUUUGAAACCCUACUAUGCCGUGUCUUGUUUUUUCACCACCCUCAUGCUGCUUGCUGUUAUCAUGAGCUACGUAAUGAAGGGCAGCCUGGAGUCGUCCCUGAAGAUUGGCUUAAAAAAUGGCAUCCGGUUCUACAAGGACACAGACACACCAGGACGCUGCUUCCAGAAACAGAACAUCGAUCGGUUGCAGAUGGAGUUUCAGUGUUGUGGAAACAAUGACUUAAGGGACUGGUUCGACGUGCAGUGGAUCAGCAACCGUUACCUUGAUUUCAGCUCUAAGGAAGUGAAAGACUACAUAAAGAGCAAUGUGGAUGGCCGUUACUUGGUCCACGGUGUCCCAUUUAGUUGCUGUAACCCCAGCUCUCCACGACCAUGCAUUCAGCAUCAGAUCACCAACAAUUCCGCUCAUUAUAACUAUGACUACCAGACAGAGGAGCUCAACAUCUAUGUCCGAGGCUGCAGAGAGGCCCUGGUCAACUAUUACAUGGGUCUGAUGAACACCAUCGGAACUGGAGUGCUGUCUGUCUUUGCCAUCCAGGUACUGUAUACUCUUCUCAUACUGGAAAGUUAA